UUCACGAACCCGGAUAUUGUUUAAAUACUACAUUUCAGCAGCAGAGGGCUGCAAGAAUUUUAUCUGUUUAGUAUACUUCUGCAUGCUUAUAUCCUGCAAAGUUGUAAUUGGUUUGUUUUUUGCUCUGUUUUUUUAAUUUGGCUGGCGGUGUCUGGCGCAUUUCUUGUUGUUAACUAAUGUUACAGAGCGUUUGACCUUAAUAUAGACACACUUGCUAACAGGUGCUUUAGCCAGGUGAAUGUUGGGAGUUCGAGCCCUGUUUGGAAUCGGUCUUCUUGUGACAUCACGAGGAGGCUCUGUCCUGACCCAUACAGGAGCAUGUGCACGUGUUGCCAGUAACAUCUACAAUAAAGAUCUCGCUCACAGACAGGCUUGCACUAUGGCCAAUACAAUUAAGUACUUGGGACAAGAGGAGGCUCAGCACAUCGAUGAGGAGCUGUUCAAUGAGUACAGCUUCAGUGUGGAUCAGUUAAUGGAGCUGGCUGGACUGAGCUGUGCCACCGCUGUGUCAAAGGGUUAUCCUCUACAAUCACUGCUCAAGAGUCCACCUAGAGUACUGGUGAUCUGUGGGCCAGGAAAUAAUGGAGGAGAUGGGUUGGUUUGUGCUAGACAUCUUAAACUGUUUGGAUAUGAACCUUCUGUGUUGUACCCAAAGCGCCCCAACAAACAGCUGUUCCAGAAUCUUACCACCCAGUGUGAGAAGAUGGAUAUAUCCUUCCUGACAGAGAUGCCUGAGGCUGACGUGGUUGAUGAAGUGUAUAAUUUGGUGGUGGACGCCAUCUUUGGAUUCAGUUUUAAGGGUGCGGUGCGAGAGCCGUUUGGUGACAUCCUCUCCCAGCUAAAGAAAACCACUGUGCCAAUCGCUAGUGUUGACAUACCUUCAGGCUGGGAUGUGGAAAAAGGCUGUCCUGAUGGGAUUCAGCCUGACAUGCUUAUCUCCCUCACAGCCCCUAAGAAAGCAGCCAAUCACUUUAAAGGACGCUACCACUUCCUGGGAGGACGAUUCGUUCCUCCUGCGCUUGAGAAGAAGUACCAGCUGAAUCUGCCUCAAUACCCAGGAACUGACUGUGUUUAUCAGCUGAACUGAGCAUUAAGCCUUUCAUGUCACUUUUGUGUCACUUUUGUGUCACUAAUCCAAAAAAAAAAACACCCCGAGUUAUAACUUUGAUUUACUUCUUCCGCUUUUCUUGUAACUGGCAGAUAUAGACUUGAUUAAUCAGCAUCAGCCAAUAAUUGUGAAACUCCUUAUUGCCAAGGAUUGUUAGAGAAUGUUUCAAAGGAAUCAUUCUAAUUAGUUAUAUAUGGAUCUAUAAAAACCUCAAAUUAAAAUAAAUUAAAAAUGUAAUUAAAGUUUUUGAUGGUUAUGGAUUUAAUGACUAAGCCUGAAUAGUUUGUGCAUUAUUGUUACAUGUUUAAAUCUAUUAAUGUUACAUAUUUACAUAUGGAAAUGUAACAUUUCAAAUGGCAUAAAAAAAAAACUAAAAUGUAGAUAUAGAUAUAGAUAUAGAUAUAGAUAGAUAGAUAGAUAGAUAGAUAAGCUAUAUCUGUAUGUUAAUUUAUGUAUUUAUAGACAAACAUGUUAGCUCACACAUAGGUAGUUGUGUAGAACAAAGAAAUGUCCUGAAGCUUGCAUAAAAUGUCUUAUAUUUAUUAAAACAGCACUUUUUUUGUGCUUGAAUAAGGACUAAAAU